AUGUCUAACAACACCACCACCGUCAAAUCCUGGGUCUAUACGACACCGACCUUCCCAGAUACACUUACUCUUUCUUCAACAAAGGUGCCAUCAACUCCCACUCCAGGCCAUCUUCUCGUUCAAAUCCAUGCUGCAGCACUAAAUCCAGUCGACAUUCAGCUCAUGAACGUCCCACUGAAUUCAUUACCUUAUCUAAAUGGACCCAAAAUUCCUGGCCGAGACUUCGCCGGGACAGUAUUGGCCACUGGGUCAGACACGAAAUUUUCCAAGGGCGAUGAAGUCAUGGGCAUCUCUAUGGCCCUCAAUGGUUCAGGGUCACUGACCGAGGCCGCCGACAUUGAUGUCAACAACCAAGCAUGCAUUAUCAAGAAGCCUGCCAAUCUGUCUUGGACACAAGCAGCAAGUUUGCCUCUGGUCUAUCUCACCGCGCGGACCAUUGUGGAGAAGUGCAAGCCCUACAUGAAAUCCAACACGCCAUCUGAGAACAAGCUCGUUGUCCUUGGCGGGUCGUCCGCGACGGGCAUGUACACAGUUCACAUCGCAAGGAGUCUCGGCUGGGAAGUGUUGAGUUCCUGCUCUGGACGUAACGCCGACUUCGUCAGAGAAAAGGGUGCAGAUGAGAUUGUCGAUUACACUACGUCCUCGACGGCGGUCGUUGAUGCCGUGAAGAGGUUUGCACCACAUGCAAUUGCAGAUUGCGUGGGCGGGACAGAGUGUAUUGAUUUAGCACCGAAGUAUGUGACUAUCGUGGGUGAUAAGACGUCAAGGUCGAGUAUGGGUGGUAGCGCGCUGUACUUGACGCAUCCUCGGAUGGUGGCAAGGUGGUUACUAGGCUGGUUGGGCUUGGGGAACUCGUAUGAGUGUAUCUUGCUUGAUGCGAGGAGGGAGUGGUUGGAGGAAGCUGCAGGACUGUCGGAGAAAAAGAUUGAGAUCGAUAGUGUGUUUGAGUUUGAGAAGACCAAGGAGGCGUAUGAGCGGUUGCAUACGGGGAGGGCGAGGGGGAAGGUUGUGGUUGAGAUCAAGAGGUAG